GCGUCUACAUUAUGAUCUAACCUAACCUAACCUCCAACUUACUGAUAUUAUUCACGCUUAUUAAUCGAUCAGGUGGAUCAAGUAUUAUUGAUUCUUUUGGUACGUAUUUCGAUCUUCUUCGACAAUGAAUCUACCUCGAGCGUUGAUUGUUAGUACGAAGGAAGGAAAGGCCAAAGAAAUCGCAGAAAGUAUAGGGGCGGAACGUCUAUCCGAGGAAGAUAAGAUUGUGGACUAUCUGUGGAACAUUGACAACAAGUAUUACACAUCACAGAUCUUGGUACGUGCUGUAGAAAACUUAUCCCACAAACUCCCGGCGGAAGAAGUUGACGCAUUGAUCGUGUACCACGAUCCACAGGCAGACAAGGUGGAUCAAGAGCUGGAACAAUUGGCAUCCUUAGCCACUUCCUUGACAGCAGCGGAGGUACUGUUGUUUUCUUGCAAGGCGAUACACGACUCGCCUGUGCGAGACAAAGUGCUAAAUUGGUGUAUACACCACAAGUUUGAGCUAGUCGAGUUGGAGCAAACAGGAGAUUUAGAAUGUGAUACAGAAGGUAACAAAUAUGGCAUCGAGAGAAUCAUAGAAGCUCUGCAUGCUCACAUGUGGCCCAAUAUUGUGCUUAAAGACAAAUCAUGCAUGGGGCAAGCGUCAGAGGUAAAUGAAAUUGAAGAACAAUUUGAAAAUAUUCGAUUGACUCGUGAUCCUACAGAAACACUACGCAUGCAGGAUAUGCUCGAUGGCAUCAUGGGCGACGAAAACGCAGAUUUUGGAGAACUGUAUGGUCAAUUGAUGGCCAUGAAAGAACACGCAGCAUCCUUACCGACAAACGAAAGGCGUCUAGUAGCAGAACAAGUAGUCACUGCUUUUUGGAAAGCCAUGGGUGGCGAUCUUUUAGAAAUUGAGGAUUAAAUUAAAAAUUUGAUGUACUUUAUAGAUCGACUAUAGUUUUAAUUUCUCAUUUCUGAAUUGAUUUGAGAUAGAGAGUUCAGAACACUACAACGUAAUUUAUCUAAAGACUGUUGCAUAUUGGAAAGCAAACAUCAUUCCAUGUUUGCUUUAAGAAUGUAUAAUAGGAAAG